GGAGAUGAAUACAGCUGUGCAGAGAGACAGAGGGAGAUGCACAGACAGUACAACCACCAACAGAAGCCCACACACCAGGACUUUAACAACAGAAGAUACUGAGGUUUACUGGUAGGUGGAAGAAAUACGGGGAUUAAAAUAAUUUAAUAACGGAGGAGGAAAAAAACAAUCUCAGCCACUCACACAACAUCUGGGACGGAGAGAGAGAGAGGAAGAAACGUGGGGGAGGAAACAAAGGAGAGAGCGGUGACCGGAGGAGGAAAAAAGAAAAGCUGAAGCCUGAAACAGCUGCUGACCCCUUACUUGCAAACCCACAUCAUGUCCACCCACCUGCAGACGCUCCUGAUCCUCUGCUGGACCUUCACACAGGGCGCUUAUGCAUUCACAAGCCCACACUGGGGGGACUGGAACGACUCCCAGCUCCUGCCAACCAUUCAGAAGCUGAUGAAAGGAUACAACCGCUACCUGAGACCUAAUUUCAACGAGGGUCCUGUUGAGAUUGGGAUGAGCCUUGACAUCGCCAGCAUUGACGCCAUCUCUGAAAUCAACAUGGACUACACUGCAACCAUCUUCCUCCGUCAGAGGUGGCGUGAUUCUCGCCUGGUGUUUCCAGGAAAUGAGAGUGUCAGUGUGGACGGGCGCCUGGUCUCGCUGCUCUGGAUCCCUGACACCUUCAUCCCGGACUCCAAGCGUUCCUUCCUGCAUGACGUCACGGUGGAAAACCGCCUCAUUCGCAUCUUCAGCAAUGGAACUGUUCUCUACGCUCUCCGCAUCACAGCUACGAUCGCCUGCAACAUGGACCUGACCAAGUACCCCAUGGACAGACAGGUGUGCACCCUGCAGCUGGAGAGCUGGGGGUAUAACCUGCAGGAUGUGGUGUUCUACUGGACCAGAGGGAAUGAUUCAGUAAAGGGUCUGGAUACACUGCGGCUGGCUCAGUACAGUGUAGAGACCUACUAUACAACAGUGUCAGAGGCUGUGUAUGAAACAGGACAGUACCCAAAGCUGGUGCUGCACUUUGCACUGCGCAGAAACGUCUUAUUCUUUAUUCUGGAGACGUAUGUUCCCUCCAUUCUGCUGGUGGUUCUCUCCUGGGUUUCUUUCUGGAUCAGCCAGUCCUCUGUUCCAGCCAGGACCUGCAUAGGAGUGACAACAGUUCUGACGAUGACCACACUUAUGAUGGGCGCCCGCACUUCUCUCCCUAAUGCCAACUGCUUCAUCAAGGCCAUCGAUGUUUAUCUGGGAAUCUGCUUCACCUUCAUCUUCGGUGCACUGCUGGAGUACGCCUGUGCCCACUUCUACACCAUGCAGAACCACACCAUAGAGGACCUAUACAGGGAGCUUCUGAAGGAGUUAAAUGAAUCCAACGGGAACGGCUCCAUCCCUGUCGUCACCUCCACCCAACCAAACCAGUCUGUGGAGAUCGCCUCCACCGCAGAGGAGCCCGCCGUGCAGUCUGCCAACACUGACACUAAGAGUAAUGAAGCAUUAAAAGAGAAGGCUCCAGGACGAGGCUGCACCCUGUCAUCAGUGAAGAGUGCGUCACGUAGGGCCGCGUCCAUCUUCACUGUAGAAAAUCCACACAACAUUGAUCGCCACGCUCGCACCGUUUUCCCCACGGCGUUCCUGUUUGUCAAUAUCCUCUACUGGCUUUACUACCUCUUCCUCUGAGCGCUGGUUUCAAGCUGCUGCAUUGUUAAUUUCACCAUCCUGAAGCUGCUCUACCUCAUUUGAGACCCAAUACCAGUCACCACUGCCUGGAUCCACACUGACCAUAAAACCGUUUUGAAUCUCAUGUAUGAAAUCUAAAGAUAGUAAUAAUCUGAAUUUUCUUCUGUGUAUUAAACUCUGAGCAACUGCUGCUGUCAUAUUAGCAUGUCAAAACAAUGAUACAAAGUCUCUGUCUGUCUACUUAGAGACAAUUCAAUACUUAAAAUUAGGAUGAGUUUGAAACAAAAGGCUGCCUGAGCUGCACCACACUACACUGAGCUGCAUUGAAAUGCCUUCAUUCUGUUACUGAUGUUUAAGUAUUUAUCUUGUUUUGGCUCUCAUACAUUGUUUUUAUGGAAUCACAUCUUUUUUUCUUUUCUUUUUACGG